UGUGUGCCGGCAGCGGGGCCAUGGCCGGGGCGGGGAGCGCAGCGCGGAGGCUGCUCCAGCCCUGCAGCCCGCGGGGCAGCGCGGAGAUACCACAAAAGUAUCUGGCCCCUCUGGGAAAAGAGGGAGAAGCAGCUAAAGCCGAGGAGGAGUGACAAAGUGAGGAGCUGCUGAAACAGACGGCAGCCGAGAGGCAGAAGAUCGUCGGGGAGUGGCAGGAGCUGCGAGGGUGUCUGGAGGAGCAGGAACAGCGUCUGCUGGCCCGGCUGGAAGAGCUAGAGAGAGCCAUUGUCCAGAGAAGGGAUGAGGGCCUCUGCAGCCUGUUGUGGGAGAUUUCCCUGCUCAGCGAGAGGGGAGGAGAGAAGGAGCAGCAGCCGCUGAGCCAACCCCUGCAGGGUGUUGGGAGCACUGGGGGCAGCAGGGAGGACAGGACAUUUCGGAAGCUAGAGCCGUCGUUUGCGGAGCUGGAGAAGAGACUCAGCGAUUUUUCUCUGAAAAGUGCCAUGCUGCAGGAGGUGGUGCUGAGAUUCAAAGCCAUCCCGAUGAUAAUUAAUUUCUGGGAAACAUCCUCAGCAGAAUUAUUUGAAGGUGUUGUACCAGACAGUAAAGGCACAGAGGCAGUGGCUUGUGGGAAAGAGGGCGGCAGAGUAAUGCCCACCUUUGGCUCCAGAUUGUCCCAGCCUCCCACGGGACAGGGAAGGGACCUGGCUGUAGUGGAGCCAGUCCAGGGGCCGGUGACCUUCGAGGAGGUGGCUGUGUAUUUCACCAGGGAAGAGUGGGCUCUGCUGGACCCCCAUCAAAGAGCCCUCUGCAGAGACGUCAUGCAGGAGAACUAUGAGAAUGUGACCUCGCUGGCAGGUGAUGCAAUGGUACGUGAGAAAGAGGAGCAGAAUUCUCUGCAGGAAAAUGUUGAGCAAGUGGAUAAACACAGAGAAUUAUCGCAACGAUCGAAAAGGAAUGUGUCCAGGAGUCAUGAGCAGGGAAACUCCUGUGAGAGUCAGCACAGACCAGAAAAAGAGCAGGGAAACCAGCCAGGGGAGAAAGUGGGUAAAUUAAUUUCAUGAGAAGGAACUCAGAAGGACCUCAAGGAAACCACAACACAGCAGGAAAUCCUUAUGGGAAAGAGCAAAAAUACAUGCACUGUGUGUGGGAAAAACUUACGUGACUAUUCAGCCCGUAAAGAGCAUCAUAGAAUCCACACAGGUGAGAAACCCUAUGAAUGCAGUGAGUGUGGGAAAACCUUCAAGCGCCGCUCACAUCUUAUUUCCCAUCAGAGAAUCCACACAGGGGAGAAGCCCCAUGGAUGCAGUGAGUGUGGGGAAACCUUCAGCCGCAGCUCACACCUUAUUACCCAUCAGAGAAUCCACACAGGGGAGAGGCCCUAUGAAUGCAGUGAGUGUGGGAAAAAUUUCACUCACAGAUUCAGCCUUAUUAAUCAUCAGAGAAUCCACAUGGGGGAAAGGCCCUUUAAAUGCCAUGAGUGUGGAAAAUGCUUCAUUAACACCUCAACUCUUUCUAAACAUCAGAGAAUCCACACAGGGCAGAGGCCCUAUGAAUGUAGUGAGUGUGGGAAAAACUUCACUCACAGAUCAGGCCUUUCUGAACAUCAGAGAAUCCACACAGGGGAGAGGCCGUAUGAAUGCAAUGGGUGUGGGAAAACUUUCAAUCGGAGCUCAAACCUUAUUACUCAUCAGAGAAUCCACACAGGAGAGCCACCCUAUGAAUGUAGUGAGUGUGGGAAAACCUUCGCUUGGCACUCAGCCCAUGUUAGUCAUCAGAGAAUCUGCCAGGGAGCUCAACACCAUAAAAACCUCUAGGGCAGGGCUGCACAACUCGUAAAGCAGUGAGGGCCAUAUUACUCCAAAGAAAACAUCUGAAGGCUGAACUCCCCUCCCCGCUCAGCACCGACAGAACACCACCCCCGCCAAAACACACACACACCCAGUGCUGCCUGCACUGUGGAAACAAACCCUCCUUCCCCAGUACCACCCCGCUGAAACAGCUGUGGGCCAAAAAGGAAGAUUGGGGGGAUACUUUAUUAAGAAUUUUUCAAUUCAAGCAAACAAUUUUUUAAAUUUUUUUUUUUUAUGAAUCAGGGAAAAAUGAAAAACACCAGUUUUGUUGAAAGAAAACUUUGUACUUUUCAUAAUUACCUUGCAAAUUUAAUGAGAGAUAUUGCAUCUCUUUUGGGCAACAAGCUUGUCAUAUUCAGGGGUCAUAUCUGAAGUGGAUAUUUUCAUUAUGUCUUCCAAAUGGUCGUCAGUCAGAGAAGAACAUUACUUGUUUUUAUUCAUGUUCGUGGUGGAAAAUGAUUUUUCACAUAUGUAGGUGCUUCCGAAAAUGCUGAAUGUUUUCAGUGCAACUUCAAUAAGAUUCUUGUAUUUUUCAUCAUCCAGAUUUUUGUAGAAGUCCCACAGGCUGCUUUCUCUGUACUUAUAUCGGUAAACUGCCGAACAUUGAAGUUCAGUAACCUCCAAAUGCAAAUCUACUGGCACUUCCUCUGGAUCCACAGAAAAGGGAUCUUCAAUCAGCUUCAACUGGACAUCGUCGUCUUUAGACAAAGUAAGUCUUCUGUCAAAUUCUUCAAUCAAAAGAUUGAUGUGCUUUGCAUAUUUUUCUCCUAACUCAGCGUGUUUGUGCUGAGGGAUACACUGUGCACAAGUGGGAAAGUGACACAUUUCACCUUUUGACAGCCGACUUCUGAAAAGUUUCAAUUUCAUUUUGAAAGCUUUCACUGCUGCACACAUUUGAAAUAUAAGUUGAUUUUUUCCCUUUGAAGUUGAAUGUUGAGAUCAUUCAGGUGUGCUGUAAUAUCACAAAAGAAAAAGAGAUCUUGAUUCUAGGACUCAUUUUCAAGCUCUGGGAAUUUUAUUGGCCCAUUUUCUACGAAUUUUGCUACCUCCUCUUUCAAAGGAAUGAAACGGCGCAGCACUUUUCCUCGACUCAACCACCUCACUUCCGUAUGACUGCACUCAGUGUUUACCCCUUCAAGAAGGGCUCGGAAUGUCCUAUGUUUUAGUCCUCUAGAACGGGUGUCGUUUACAAUGGAAACUAUCACUGACGUUACAUGCUCAGAUUUUAAGACUUUCUACACAAAACCUGCUGAUGUAAAUGCAGUGAUGUUUGGUUAUUUGUCUCCCAAUAAAUUCUUCAAGAAGA